AAGCUAGACAGCAACGCUCCAACCACUGCCUAGCCUAUAGCUAGGGCGCUAGUAGUAGGCACAGCGCGUAGCUAUCUGCUAAUAUCUCCGUCUCUUUCUCUCUCUAAACUACAAGCAGAGCUAGCUUCUGAGUACUCGAGCUCGAGGUAGAAGAGGAAGAGGAAGAAGAGGAGAGCUAGGCUAGCUGCAGGGGCUAGUAGUAUAUGGGAGGACGGAGGUCGUUCUUCUGCAUCUUCAGCUUCUCACGCAAGUCGAGGCGUUACACCGUCGACGAGGACGAGGCGAUCGAAAGCUGGCCGGAGGUCCCGCCGGCGAGGCUGCGCAAGGUGCGGUCCAGCGACGAGGACAACGGGUGGUGGGUCGGCGAGCGCGACGUCGACCAGAAGGCCGCCGACUUCAUCGCCACCUUCCACCAGAGGCGCCGCCUCGUCGUCUAGCUAGCUAGACGAUGCUGAUGCUGCGGCUGCUGCUGCCGCAUAUCUAUGCAUGCGUGCUGGCGUUAAUAUAUAACUUCGACGUCGUCGUCGAGGUCGACCACCAUCGUCGUCUACUACUACAAGAAUUAGCUAUAGCUAUAUAUAGAUCGACGGCUGAUCUUCUUCGAGCAUAUCUCAGCAUAUAUAUACAUAUAUGGUAGUCACCUACGUGUGUACUUAGUCAUAUAUAGAUCGAUGCUCUCGGUGAUCGACUGAACAGGAAUAAUGUAAUGUAGCCAUAUAGGGGUGUGUGUAAGAGAUCUGUGCAUGCAUGCAUGUAUGAUUGGGUGAACAAUAAGUUGAUGAUGGUGGUAUGUAAUAUAUGGGUGCUAUUAUUUGAACUGAUCUCUCUCUCAGUAAUAAUCGAUGUAUUAUGAAGUUA